UUGCCGGACAAUUUCUCCUGGGCCAACGUGAACGGCGUUUCCUACCUGACCCAUUCGUUGAAUCAGCACAUUCCGCAGUACUGCGGCUCGUGUUGGGCGCACGGGGCACUGUCCGCCCUCGCCGAUCGAAUCAAGAUUGCGCGGCUGGGACAAGGCGAUGAUAUCAAUCUUUCCAUCCAGUAUAUUCUCAAUUGUGGGGGUGGUCUGGCCGGUUCCUGUCACGGCGGGUACCACACCUCCACCUACGAGUUCAUUCAGCAAGUCGGCUACGUGCCCUACGAUACCUGCAUGAGCUACCUGGCCUGCAGUGAAGAAUCGACCGAAGGCUUUUGUCCGCAGCUCGAUACUUCCUGCACGCCGGACAAUACCUGCCGGACCUGCGAUACUUUUGCCGGGAUGGGCGGAGCGUGCUCCCGGAUUGAUUACUUUCCCAACGCCACCGUGGCCGAAUACGGUUUGAUCGAUCUCGACGACUUUGUCGUGCACAAGAUUCAGACGGAAUUGUACGUGCGCGGACCGGUGGCCGCCACCAUUAAUGCCGAACCCAUUGUCGAGUACGCCGGCGGCGUCUUUGGUGAAGACGGGCAUUCCCAACGGACCAACCACAUUGUCAGUAUCACCGGAUGGGGCACCGAUGAAGACACGGGCAAACUCUACUGGAUUGUACGCAACAGCUGGGGACAGUACUGGGGCGAAAUGGGAUUUAUGCGCAUCGAAGCCGGCAAGAAUCUUUUGGGCAUUGAAGGCGAGGUGGCCUGGGCGACGCCC